AUGUCGUACUUCCGCAUCACCUUGAUCAGAUCUGCAAUUGGUCUGCCAGCAAAAUCAGGCAAUGUCCUCAAAGCACUCGGUCUGCGCAAACGGAUGGCAACUGUAUUCCACCCUGUCACGCCAUCAAUCGCUGGCCAGAUAAUGAAAGUGAAAGAGCUGGUUGCGGUAUCGGAAGUCGAUGAGCCUCUGACAAAACAAGAGAUACACCAGGAACGAGUUCCCGAUCCAGGCUUCUAUGUCGAGUCACGAGCGCAGGAUUUAAGCAAAUAG